AUGCCAUCAACUAAACUGCACCAGAAGUCACAACGUCGAAAUAGACAUUAUAUUAUGUGUAAACACAAAACUGUUACAUUUGUUAGCAAUAAACCAACAGAAGUCUCACACAGGCGUAAGAAUAAUCGCAUGUUGCAUUAUUGUGAGGACCGCCCGUCAACUGAUGUUAUGUUAGCAUGGAUGUGCCCGCAACAAUUGACGGCGCGUGAUGUGAAGCACUUGGUAGCCACAGGGAUCUAUGCAAACGACGGUGGCGACAUCAAGACGAACGCGUAUGUUCACAAUGCUUCCUUAAACGAAAGCAGAUUCUUAAUGCUAUAUUAUGAGGCACCAUUUAGAAAAAAUUCCAUUUCUGCUGAAAGACGGCAGUUAAUAGCCACGAGCGCACUGAAAGUGGGAAGACUUGAACGGAAUGUUGGAUUAACUGAGCAUUUAAUUUUGCACCCUCUAUGUCAUGAGGCAGGCGGAUUAUCAGUAGUCAGUGACGGUGGCACAGAAGCAGCCUCAGUCAGUAAAGCGAGUCGUAUUUUCUUUGUGGUGAAGCCUAAACGAAUAAUGGAGUGA